AUGAAGACACCACUGAAAAGAGGACGCGCGACGGCGUUGAGCGCGUCGCAUCCCGAGCUGCCGCGCCCCCCUGCGGAGCGCAGUACGUUCGCUGACGAACACUCGGCGCCCAUCGGUGUGGUCCCUCGUGAAAACGUCGGGUCCUCGACCUCAGCCACCGCUCACACCCCGCAGGGCAACACAAACCCCAUCAGUGUCGCGUAUUUUUCGUUCAUCACCCAAGACACCCGCUCCCCUGUCAACUGCGAAACGGGCCGAGCCGUCGUCCUCUCCAGUCUCGAAGACCCGGCGCGCAUUCAGUAUGCCCCAAGGCUCGCUGACGCUCAGAAGACCGACGGACGAUGGACGGAGAGCAGCAGGAUCUUCCAUGAGAUGCUGGGCGGGAUGAAAGCGUUCACCGCUCGCAAAGGAGAACUCGUCUUCCUCAAGGGGGAUUCGUCGAAGGACAUUCGCGCCCAGAUCCACGAGCGUCUCGGUCCCACACACGAGUCCGUGAGCAACAUCUCCCUGCCCCUCCCUGUUGCGCAAUUCGACAAGCACCCCGAACUGCUCAAAAAGCGUAUCUGGGUCCGGGUUUCCGAUGAAAGCUCGAGUGACAUCACAACCUGGUCCUUUGCGCCCCAGCACGUCGUUGUCUUUAUCGAGGUCGAGGGCGACGCUUCGUUCAACUUUGCGUAUCGUCAACACGACCUACAUACUCGAAGCAUGAGCAAAAGGGCAGUAUUCUGCUCAUGGUUGUCUUCCUGCCAGGAGACAUACCGCGCUGCCGAGGCCGGUCCAUCAUGGUCGUCACCACCACGGCUCUCAGGUCACAAGCCGGCCGCGAUUGCCGUGCCUCCCAGGAUCGACAUCGAGGCGCUUCCUCUGACUCGCUUGGGUGGCCUGUGCGAAUCGUUCCUGAACCUCGUCGGAACCAUGAACGAUCUUGUCAAGCCGUCGAUCGAGGAGGUCACUGCCGCCGUACACCAAGGUCACGCGACAGAGCUCGUUCCCUCGGCCCUCACCGAGGUGCUUCUGGCAACGCUGAACAAUUUGGACUGGGUGUUGGCGAGUGUUGCUUCUCACGGAGACAACAUGGCCCGUGCCGGCGUCGCCGUGGCUACUGGAUCCAUUGGACAGCUGGUCGCCACGCUUGGCACCACUGAGGCGACGCGAGAUGCGACCGAGGAAGCGUUGUAG